AGAAUUAUAUUGUGGGUUUUAAUAUUGACCAAUCACAUAUACAUACGAAACGUAGAAAUGUUUGUGUCCGAAAUAGUAAAGGUAUAAUGGUGCGCUGCGUCUCGUGUACCAAGUGACUAGUAUCCGUGGGGGGGGACGAUGUUUGCCAGCUGUACCUCACGGACUCUCGCCUCCACUAAACUCCUCAAGUGUGUUGUGGUCCCGGUGGCUACCUACACCAGUAAUUACAGAUUGGCUGAAGUUGGUAAAUUUGAAUCUCCAAAGUUGGCUGGGAAAUAUGAGACAGGUCAGCUGUUUCUACAUAGAGUUUUUGGCUAUCGAGGAGUUGUGCUCUUUCCCUGGCUAGCCCGGGUCUACGAUAGAGAUGUCCCUAACAAAAAAGAAUCAAAACCCAUAGAAGAAAGCAUGAAUUACAAUCAAGUUGGAAAGGAAGUGAAGGGAAGAGCUCACACAUAUUAUCAAGUUCUCAUUGACUCUAGAGAUUGUCCAUACAUUAGAGCCCAAACUGAAGCUGUUACAUUCUUAGGGAACCAAGACAAUGGCAGAACACUGUAUGCUGUGCCAGGAUUGGACUACAUUGGACACGAAGAUGUGAUGCCGUAUGUUGCAGUAAGUAAGAAGCCUAUCAGACAUGAUUUGUUUGAUAAGUUUCUUGCAUAUUCCUCAGAGAAAGACCCUCCAUUUUCUGCUCGUGAAACACUGAUGGCAUGGCAGGAGCGUAACCACCCAUGGCUGGAACUCUCAGAUGUACACAAGGAAACCACAGAGAACAUUAGAGUCACAGUUAUACCCUUUUAUAUGGGAUGUAGAGAAUCGCAGAAUGCUAAUGUUUAUUGGUGGCGGUAUUGUAUUCGUCUAGAAAAUCUAGGAGAAUUAACAGUGCAGCUGAGAGAGAGACACUGGCGCAUAUUCAGCUUGUCUGGGACUUUAGAGACGGUACGAGGGCGAGGUGUUGUGGGACAGGAGCCAGUACUUUCCAGUCAGCAACCAGCCUUUCAGUAUUCAUCUCAUGUGUCCUUACAGGCACCGUCCGGACACAUGUGGGGCACUUUUCGAAUGGAGAGGGAAGAUGGUUUUACUUUUGACUGUCGUAUACCACCAUUUUCCUUGGAAAGUAAACAGGAUGAUACCUCCCAACCCAGCGGUAUUAUCUAAGAAAUUACAAUGUAUAGUUACCAAUUCUAAACAUUAAUUAGGCAACAUAUUAUAGGUCUCGGGUUCAACAGAGACCGAUGUAAUUUAUUGCAUACUGUAAUUAUUUAUACAAUAAUUAAGAUAAAAAAAAAAAAUUGAGUGAAGAUCCCCCCCUUGUACUUAUCUCAAAUAUGGCAAUGUUGUCAAGGCUGUACAGACAGUAUAUAUACUGUACAUAUUGUACCUCACAUUCAUAUUGUAAUUAGAUCUGUACCAAAAUAUCUUCCCUUAAAUAGAUUUAAGAGUUGUUCAAUAAAUGUUUAUGAUAAAUUUCUGUUAUUAACCUCAUUUAAGGACAAAGUUAGGUUUCUGUUAGAUUAUUUUAGUCACCUGUUUAAUUGUCAUAUAUUGGGCUAGAUAUUAAACCUUAAUAGCAAUCCUCUGUAUUCAUUAUCUAGUUCUUAUCAAGAUGUUAACUACAAUACUACCCUGUACAGGCCAUUUUGACAUUACAAAAGACAUGGAUCAUUCAAGAAAACCCUGAAAUUGGUAUGAUGCAUGUUUCAUAAUAUUAGUGUAUAAUAAGUACUGUAUUCACAAAGACGUAUUUAUCUAAAAUAUAUGUAUAUACAGUACUGUAUGACCGAGCCACUGUUAAUGAGAACUUGGGGAUUUUCCAGUUUAUACACCUGUACCAGGAUGUUUGCCUAAUAUUGAAGGAGGUCCAGAGCUGGCGUGGAUGAAUCGUGUUACUAUUGCCUAAUAUUGUGUAACUUUUUUUUUCUAUUUACUCAACUAUUUCCAAAAUAAAAAAAAAAGAGCAGU